UAACAAAGUCAGAAGUGGGAAACGGGUAGACGAGUUGGGGGUCAGGGUUCUGUCCGCAGAUGAGGCAAAGAGGGUUCCAAAGAAAAGUUACAGCGCCUGUGUGCGCGUGUCAUCGAUGGGCUGGCUGCGGGAGACAGCGCUAGCGCGCCGCCAGAACGCACUGCGGGGCCGAGUGCCGACAGGAAAUCGAAAAAGCUGCUCAGCUGCAGAGGCUGGGAGGCUCGAAGGGCUCCCCACACGCUCGGUGCUCCAAAAACGCGCCGGCUCUGCCCCGACGCGAUCGCCCCGGGAGCCCGGAGGGGCGCGCAGGGGGCCCCGGGGUGUCCGGCGGCCGCGGGGCCGAGCGCGCGUGUGAGCGAGUGCGAGGCUGCGGGCGGGCGAGUGUGCGCGGGAGGGAGGGAGGGAGGAGGGGGAGCGCGCGCGCCGCCCGGGCCCCGGCCCUCCCAGCCUCCCGGCCUCCGCGCCUGCCUCCCGCCCGCGCGCACCGCUGUCCGCCGCCGCCGCUCCCGACCGCGCCGGCGCUGCACGGGAGUCAGCCCGCCGCCGCCGCCGCCUGCUUUGUGCUUCCCACAGAAGAUGGGAGCGACCUCUUCCUGAUCCAGAGCUGCUUAAAAGGAGGGAGUGCGCCGUGUUUCCUACUAGUGUGGAGGAACGGAGAAGAAUCCAUUCACACUCGCCAAACCAGUAGGUUGCAACAGUUGGAAGUGUCAUGUACAACAUGCUGCGAUUAAGUCUUUCACCCACCUUUUCAAUGGGAUUACAUCUGUUAGUUAUCCUGGCUCUCUUAUUUUCCCAUGUGGACCGCGUAAUUGCGGAGACAGAAAUGGAAGGAGAAGGAAAUGAAACUGGUGAAUGUACUGGCUCAUAUUACUGUAAGAAAGGGGUGAUUUUGCCCAUCUGGGAGCCCCAAGACCCUUCUUUUGGGGACAAAAUUGCUAGAGCUACUGUGUAUUUUGUGGCCAUGGUCUACAUGUUUCUUGGAGUCUCUAUCAUAGCUGAUCGGUUCAUGUCCUCUAUAGAAGUCAUCACAUCUCAAGAAAAAGAAAUAACCAUAAAGAAACCCAAUGGAGAGACCACCAAGACAACUGUGAGGAUCUGGAACGAGACAGUUUCCAACCUGACCUUGAUGGCCCUGGGAUCUUCUGCUCCCGAGAUCCUCCUUUCAGUAAUUGAAGUGUGUGGCCAUAACUUCACUGCAGGAGACCUCGGUCCUAGCACCAUUGUGGGAAGUGCUGCGUUCAAUAUGUUCAUCAUUAUUGCGCUCUGUGUUUACGUGGUCCCUGAUGGAGAGACAAGGAAGAUUAAGCAUUUGCGUGUGUUCUUCGUGACGGCAGCCUGGAGCAUCUUUGCCUACACCUGGCUUUACAUUAUUUUGUCUGUCAUCUCUCCUGGCGUUGUGGAGGUCUGGGAAGGUUUGCUUACUUUCUUCUUCUUUCCCAUCUGUGUUGUGUUCGCUUGGGUAGCGGAUAGGAGGCUUCUCUUUUAUAAGUAUGUUUACAAGAGGUAUCGAGCUGGCAAGCAAAGGGGCAUGAUUAUUGAACAUGAAGGAGACAGGCCAUCUUCCAAGACUGAGAUUGAAAUGGAUGGGAAAGUGGUCAAUUCUCAUGUUGACAAUUUCUUAGAUGGUGCUCUGGUUCUGGAGGUGGAUGAGAGGGACCAAGAUGAUGAAGAAGCUAGGCGAGAAAUGGCUAGGAUUCUGAAGGAACUUAAGCAGAAACAUCCAGAGAAAGAAAUAGAGCAAUUAAUAGAAUUAGCUAACUACCAAGUCCUAAGUCAGCAGCAAAAAAGUAGAGCAUUUUACCGCAUUCAAGCUACUCGCCUGAUGACAGGAGCUGGCAACAUUUUAAAAAGGCAUGCAGCUGACCAAGCAAGGAAGGCUGUCAGCAUGCAUGAGGUCAACACUGAAGUGGCUGAAAACGACCCUGUUAGUAAGAUCUUCUUUGAACAAGGGACAUAUCAGUGUCUGGAGAACUGUGGUACUGUGGCCCUUACUAUUAUCCGCAGAGGUGGUGAUUUGACCAACACUGUGUUUGUUGACUUCAGAACGGAGGAUGGCACAGCAAAUGCUGGGUCUGAUUAUGAAUUUACUGAAGGAACUGUGGUGUUUAAGCCUGGUGAGACCCAGAAGGAAAUUAGAGUGGGUAUCAUUGAUGAUGAUAUCUUUGAGGAGGAUGAAAAUUUCCUUGUGCAUCUCAGCAAUGUCAAAGUAUCUUCCGAAGCUUCAGAAGAUGGCAUACUGGAAGCCAACCAUGUUUCUACACUUGCUUGCCUCGGCUCUCCCUCCACUGCCACUGUAACUAUUUUUGAUGAUGACCACGCAGGCAUUUUUACUUUUGAGGAACCUGUGACUCACGUGAGUGAGAGCAUUGGCAUCAUGGAGGUGAAAGUAUUGAGAACAUCUGGAGCUCGAGGAAAUGUUAUUGUUCCAUAUAAAACCGUCGAAGGAACUGCCAGAGGUGGAGGCGAGGAUUUUGAGGACACCUGUGGAGAGCUCGAAUUCCAGAAUGAUGAAAUUGUGAAGAUCAUUACCAUUAGAAUAUUUGACCGUGAGGAAUAUGAGAAAGAGUGCAGUUUCUCCCUUGUGCUUGAGGAACCAAAAUGGAUAAGAAGAGGAAUGAAAGCCCUGUUAUUGAAUGAGCUUGGUGGCUUCACAAUAACAGGAAAAUACCUGUAUGGCCAACCUGUCUUCAGGAAGGUUCAUGCUAGAGAACAUCCGAUUCCCUCUACUGUAAUCACCAUUGCAGAUGAAUAUGAUGACAAGCAGCCACUGACCAGCAAAGAGGAAGAGGAGAGGCGCAUUGCAGAAAUGGGGCGUCCCAUCCUGGGAGAGCACACCAAGUUGGAAGUGAUCAUUGAAGAAUCCUACGAAUUCAAGAGUACCGUGGACAAACUCAUUAAGAAGACAAACCUGGCCCUUGUGGUUGGGACAAACAGCUGGAGAGAACAGUUCAUUGAAGCUAUCACUGUCAGUGCUGGGGAAGAUGAUGAUGAUGAUGAAUGUGGGGAAGAAAAGCUGCCCUCCUGUUUUGAUUAUGUGAUGCACUUUCUGACUGUGUUCUGGAAGGUCCUCUUUGCCUUCGUUCCUCCUACUGAAUACUGGAAUGGCUGGGCGUGUUUCAUUGUUUCCAUCCUCAUGAUUGGCCUACUGACAGCUUUCAUCGGAGACCUGGCUUCCCACUUUGGCUGCACCAUUGGCCUGAAAGAUUCUGUGACUGCAGUUGUGUUCGUCGCACUUGGGACAUCAGUGCCAGACACAUUUGCCAGCAAAGUGGCAGCCACCCAGGACCAGUAUGCAGACGCCUCCAUAGGUAACGUCACGGGCAGCAACGCGGUGAACGUCUUCCUGGGAAUCGGUGUGGCCUGGUCCAUUGCCGCCAUCUACCACGCAGCCAAUGGGGAACAGUUCAAAGUGUCCCCUGGCACGCUAGCUUUCUCUGUCACUCUCUUCACCAUUUUUGCUUUCAUCAAUGUGGGGGUGCUGCUGUACCGGCGGAGGCCAGAAAUCGGAGGUGAGCUGGGUGGGCCCCGGACUGCCAAGCUCCUCACAUCCUGCCUCUUUGUGCUCCUAUGGCUCUUGUACAUUUUCUUCUCCUCCCUGGAGGCCUACUGCCACAUAAAAGGCUUCUAAAGGAACUAUCAGAUAUAGUAAAUUUAUAUAUAUAUACAUAUAUAUAUAUAUAAAAUUAUGUAUAACGAACAGAGGAAACUGCCAUUUGUCAUGUUCACUUACCUGCUGAUGGAAUCCAGCUUCAAGAGCAUAACUCUCUGUACUAGGGCCGAAGUCAAAAACGAUCACCUCCCAUUCCCAGGGGCAUCAUCAUGUUGAACGAGGCACGGAGGCAGGGCCAUCUUUGCAGCUCGGUCUAGAAGGGCUGCACUCUUUCCAGGUUCAUAUAUCCUUAAGGCUUUGAUUUGUUUUCUUAAUUUUGAUUUUGUUUUCAGAGGGGCUGGGGAGGUAGUUGAUGUUUGGCUUUGUUUUUGUUAUUUUGUUGUGUUUUGUUUUGUUGGGAGGGUCAGGGUUGUUGCUUUUCUUUGUGGGAAGUGAAACCAUCCAAAUGUAAUUGGGUUUUUGGUCAAAAUCUAAAUCACUGAGAUUCCCCCUCACCUCCCCCAACCACUUUAAAAAUUAUUUUGGAUUAAGAAAAAAUCUGGGCAUGGAAGAAGAAAGAAGCAUGUCUUCAUUGUAUUACCAAAGUUCAUGCUUAUCUCCAGAAUGUGAGCAGAGGUGAAGCUGCCUCCAAGAAGAAGCAUGAGAGUGGAAUGGAGCCAGGAAAUCUGAUGUUUUUAGAUGUAGUCUGACAUUUAAGGAUGUGAUGCCUGGCACUCUUGUUUAACAGGUACAAGGAAAAUGUGCCUAGAUUCCCAGGAACAUGCAAAAUGCUUUCUUUCUCAUCUGUUUAGCUCUGGACUGUGAUUAGCAAGGCCCUUCUUCUAGCAUCCAGCCCAGCUAAGCCCCCAGGUGCCCCAUCCCCUACCUGUUCCUCCUGUCCACCUGCUAUCCCCUAUGCAAACAGGAACAAUAACCCCAUUCGAAACCACAUCAUCCUUCUUCAUUUCCAUUAAAACAUGUCCCAGUCCCAUGUUGGUGUUGCUUGGGAUUGUCUGUCAGUUUUAUUUUCAAAAGCAUCCAUGGCUUGCACCAUCCUGUUCCAGUCAUGACUGAACAUUUGCUCCUUCUUCAUGUGCCUGUUCGGAAAUGUUGUUGUGAUACCUGUUACACAGUGCAUGGAUGAAAAACAAAUAAAACCAAGCGUAUCUGUAUAUAGUAGAGUACAUACUGUUCUCCCAUUCGGCAACGUUGAUUGGACAUUGAAGACAUAAGUGAGUUUUCUUUUCACCUGAGUUGCUACUUUUGAGUUGUUAUUGAGUUUGAUUAAUUACUAGGGAUAAAAGGAGAAAGUGGCUUAUUGUUCAAGGUUCUGCACAUUCAUUUCUAAGAAGCAAUAACUGUCAUGUGGGGUGAAGUUAAAAUUAUUGAGAGGAUAGCAGGCAAACUUCAAAGGUCUUGGUGGAAAAUUAGCCAUUUGGAACACAUCAGAGGCCUCUAAAAAGCACUCAUUCAUUCAGGAAGGCCAAGGAGAAAGGCCUUAUAGAGAUGUGGAUAUGUUGCAUGUGCCUAGGCUUUCAGAGCCACCCUUUCCACAGCACCCCUCCCUGCAAAGUAUUUAUUUAACAUCUGCACUGUCCAACCAAGAUGGGAUAGUGCUGGUUUGUUCAUUUUAUUUUUUUACGUAAAAAGUUAUUUUGAGCCCUGUGUCUUUCACUGUCCCAUCUAGUUCCCUCUGAUUAUAUUAGUAGUUCCUGAAUAAGAAAGAAGCCAGGGUGACCAAUGGGCUUUUAAAAGUGUGUCUCCUUUACUCACGAUGAACGAGAAGGCAAUUAAAUAAGAGUAGUACCUCCCAGGAGGAUUAGACUGGGAUGCUUUUAACCCUUUAAAAAGAAUCGCUGUUUCUCUUUCAAGAUACCAAAGAACAUGGAUAAAACCAAUAUUCCCAAGUAGUGAGUCCACUAAUGAGAAAAAGAUAUAAUGCCUUUGGUCAUCUCUCGGAGACUUCUGUGUCUACAAGGAAUCCCAGGCUGGAGACAUCCCCAGCCCUCUUAAUACUUAAUAAAUUAAAGCUGUUGAGACAUUUUUUCUUCUUUCACUCAGUAACCAUGAUUCUUCAUCAUUUAAUAGACAUUUGGUGACUGAAUGAGUAAUUAAAUGCUCGUUACCCACUCACUGUGCCAGGUAGUAUGAUACUUUCUGGGGACUACACCAUGAACAAAACAGUCUAGAUCCCUGCCCUCAGAAGGUUUACAGUUAAUGUGAUUACUAUUUUCAUGAGUAAAAGUGAAGAAAGCCAUAUGGAAAGAUUUUUAUCUCGCAAGAAAGAAACAAAAACAAUUAUGAAACUCUUUUAACAUAAACACACUGAAACGUUAUGAAAGCAAUUUUCUAAAUUGUAUUUAUACCCAAGAUUUUCUUUAAGAGAGCAUAAAAUGUAAGUUUGGAAAAGCACCCCCUUUAUCCUUGACCAACUUGCAGAUAUGUACAUAUCUCCAUUUGAAACCGACAAGGGCAAUCAUGUUGGUGAUCCAGGUCACUGAGACCCAAUUUAGCCCAUCUUACAUCUUUGUUGGCAGUAAUACUCUUCUGGGGCCCACACCUUUACGAUUCUUUAUCUGUCAUUCUAAACCAUCCUUCCCAUCCUUUUUUUAUUUUUGAAAUUUGCUAAAUGGAAAGCUAAUCUAGAAGCACCAAGUAAAUAUAUUCAAGGAAUGUAAGUUGUUUGAACAUUAGAAAGACUUUUGCACUCAUUUUUUACCUGUAUUAGGAAUGUCAAUAAUCCUGUAGCAAAUUUUCACAGAGAACUUGAGGAAAUUCUGGCAUUGGUCAAUUUCCAUUUGAAAGCUAUUUGGUUUGUUUGCUUUUUAAAUUUUUAUAUUCUAGGAAACUAUGAUUCUGGUUGUUCCAGAUUGUUAUUAUUAUGGUUGUGUAAAAUUUUAUUUUGAUUAUUUUAUUUUGUGUGUAUUGUGCACAGCUUUAGGGGGGAAAGUGCACUAAUUGUGCUGUUCCUUAUAAAUGGUACACAUUACUGACACAGACAAAUAAAGUUUCUAAUUGUUUCUGAUUUCAUCACUAGUGAUACAGCAUAUUCUGUACGGAAUGUUUUCUGUCUUCUCAUUGCCAUUUACUUCAUUUUUUGUUUUCAUGUUUUGAAGAAAUAAAAACCAAAAUGUUAUUAUUGUGAAAUUGGUAUCAUCAUCCAAAGAAAGAAAGCAGACACCAAGCAUUCAAAGUCCUGCGGACAUCAACCCUUCGAUCAUGCAAUGGUCUCUUUUUAAUGUCCCAAGAGAACAGUGUCAGAAUAUUUGUCUGUCCGACAGUGCUGAGAUAAAUGUUAGACAUUCCUUCAUUUCACUAAUUUUUUUACAUUGUUUAGUAAAACUCUAAGUACAUCCUCUCCUGCAUCCAAGAUCAUGAGCCCAUAAACAGUUACAAGUUACACAACUUUUUAGCAUGCAGAGUAUUGCAUCAAAUCAGCCAAUCCCAAAAUCGAUGAUAGUAGAGUUCCUUCCUAAAGGGAUGCUUAAGUAAAUUGUUCUUUUAGUUUCAUGUAUUAUAUUCCUCUUGAUUUGCAGUAGAACUUCUGGCUUGCAUUAAUAAUUUGUCUAAAUAUAUGUUAUUGACUUUGUGUGUCAUACAGUCAAAAUAGUACAGAAGGAAGUGACAUCAGAAGUGGAGUCAGUAUUUGUGGGGAAAAAUACUGACUAUUCUAAGAUUUGUGUACUUAUUUGAAAUUGACGUUAAUAUUAGUGGACUUAGUUCUUACUAUAAUAGAGUCUGUCCACACAUGUGAGUAAAUGUUACUUUAUUCAUCUGAUCAUCUUAAAAAUUUUUUUAGAAUUCCUCAUUAUAUUCUAUGGUCAUAUGUGGUACACUUUCAUGUAUGAAUGAAGGCAUUAUUUAAAUAUUUUAUAGUAUCAAACUAUCAAUAUGUCUCCUGAGUACCAGCCAUUGGUUUAACACAAAACGAGCAGCCAACAUCUAUUUCUUUAAACAGCAAAAAGAGUAAUUCAAUGACCAGAGUUCCUUGACCAUCUAACAACCUUUCAGAAAAAUUCUGUGGCCCAAUAAUUUUCUAUUUCUUAUAAGCACAUUUUAAUGUGUUCUAAUUUUGUAAUUUCAUCCUUCAACUAGUGUGGAUUUUUAAAAAUUUUGCUUUUUGUGGUUCAUAGCCUAACAGCACUAAUUUUUUGUUGCUUUUUGAAUAUAAAAUUAAGUUAUAAAAUAUUCUGUUUUAGAAACCCUGAAGAUUCUGAUGCAUGCCUUUCCCCUAUAGCCUCACUGUUAAUGAAAGCUCACCACAUUCAUUGAUGAUUCCACAGCAAAAGGUCCCUGAUCCUAACCUGUCAAAAUAAAGUGAGACUGACAUACAUCUGAUAACUUUGUGGAAGCAAUUAGAAAUUUUGUCCGGUAGAUGAUGAUGAUGCCCUCCAUCCUCUAAUUGUGGCAAAACUUUUCCUUCUCAAGAAUAUAAAUCAAUCCCUUUAAGACUUUUAAUAUUUCUGGGCUUCGGAUAUGGAGUCUCUCUGUUGAUUCUGACUUUCUAUGAUUUUGACAGUUGCAUCCAGAGCAAGUUCUGAGCAUAGUUUGAUACCUUCAAGAACAUUUGGCCAUUUUAUGAUUGAAAACAUGUAAUAUUGGAUCUCACCCUGACUUACAACUGGCAGUCGGCUUUUACCAUAGCAAUCGCUUCGCAUGGCCAAGGCAGUUGGUAAAACUGAGCAAAGUUAAAUGUGAAUUCUAAAUAAAUUGGUGAGUGUAUUAUGCAGAAGAUACAGAAUCCUAUUUCAGAAAAAGAAACAUGUUUUAUAAGUAGAUUCCUUAGAUUUUGUUCAGAUCUACCUAUACAGUUUUGCUAAUAGAAUGCAGUUCUGCUAUUCCUUUCUACCAUUAUGUACUUACCACUUCUAACCAUCUCAUUGUCUUCCCACCAUGCACUACAUUUCAAAAUGUUGGGCAGUCCUGAUGGUAUUACACCCUCAAGGACAGCAUGGGAAUGGUAAACAGUUGAAAUAGAUAUUUCAUAUGGGGAGGCUAAUUAGGCCAUGAUUAAUCAUCUCUCAAAGCAGAGACUGUCUUAUCUAUAGAAGGAGCAACCACUGAGAGGUGGAACUCCCAAAGGAAAGAGCACUGCAGGUUUCCAGCUCCCGAGAAAUGGUAAGUAUUUCACUUUCUUAGAUUUUUUCCCUGCCUGUCAAGAUGUCCACAUGCACUCAGAGGCUGUCCACAUUUUCAGUUUUCUCAAAGGUUCUCUGAUUUAAUCUUGUAAGAAACAUUUACAUCAGUGGUUAUAUAAAUUAUUAUUUAUUUAUUUUUAGGGAAGAGCAUUAAUUUGUAACUUCAAAAAGCAACAUGACUUAGUAGUUAAAAUUAUGAUCCAUAUUUUUUCAAGAAGACUUGCUUGCCCAAAAUCGUCUUGUCUAUCUGCUAUCAAUGUAGUCAUUCAUAGCUGCUUCGUUAGUUCACAUGUUUUAGGAUCAUGCUUCCCUAUCCUUUUUCAAAGAGUUGGAGAGUUUUCCCAUUGGAAAUGUGCCAUCUUCAUCUUUCCUUUCCCUAAUUUCAGCUUCGUUAGUUCACAUUUUUUAAGAUCAUGCUUCUCGAUCCUUUUUCAAAGAGUCGGAGAGUUUUCCCAUUGGAAAUGUGCAAUCUUCAUCUUUCCUUUCCCUAAUUUCAGCUUCGUUAGUUCACAUUUUUUAGGAUCAUGCUUCCCUAUCCUUUUUCAAAGAGUCGGAGAGUUUUCCCAUUGGAAAUGUGCAAUCUUCAUCUUUCCUUUCCCUAAUUUCAGCUUCGUUAGUUCACAUUUUUUAGGAUCAUGCUUCUCGAUCCUUUUUCAAAGAGUCGGAGAGUUUUCCCAUUGGAAAUGUGCAAUCUUCAUCUUUCCUUUCCCUAAUUUCAGCUUCGUUAGUUCACAUUUUUUAGGAUCAUGCUUCCCUAUCCUUUUUCAAAGAGUUAGAGAGGUUUCCCAUUGGGAAUGUACAAUCUUCAUCUUUCCUUUCCCUAAUUUCAGCCUUUGCAGUUUUUCAAUGGCUACUUCCAUUACAUUUAAUUACCCUUAGUGAUGCUCACUAUUACCUCUUAGCAAUAGGGAAAAGGCUUAUGCUAAAAAAAUGAUUGCUCAAAGCAUGUUUUUCUGAAAGUUAAUUAAUCAUAAGAGAAAUAAAUUAAUCAUAAGAGAAAUAAAAUAUGAUUACAUUCCGCCUAGAAAACUCACUAGAACAUAGUAUGGUAUCUUUAUGAAUGUGUGGGACAGAUUAUACGUUACAGUUACACACUAGUGUUGUUGAUUUUAUACCUUUUGAAUCAUAUUGAUGAUGCUUCAGUGCCCAUCUAUAUAGCCUUUUAUUCUCUCAAUAUAUGUAGGUGUGGAUUGAGAAUGAAGCCCAACAUUUACAUCCCCAGUGCUCAUGAGAGUUUCUACAAAGCUGGAGUAUGUCAGCAUAGAAAAACAUAAUAUAUAGCUUCCAUGCCUCUAAGAAAUAUAAGUGGGUCAAGUGCUUCUCUGUGGGUAUUUUUCUGAUAUGCAACUGGUAGAAAAGUUCACGUUAACAGUCAAACACACCAAGAAAGAAAUUAGCUAACUUCAACGUUAGUCUAUUUUGACAGCUAAUACAUAGCCCAUGUUGACUGUAAAGACAGAUAUACCUAGUUAAAUCCAAGACUUUACUCGGGGAAAGGGGAAUAAAUUAACUAGAAUUAUACAACCCUGCAUACUGGAAAUUGUUUAUUCACCUAGAAGAAUCGUCCAGAGAUUUUUCAGAGACAUUUCCUUACACACCCAACAUGCUUUUAAUUUACACAACUUUUUAUUAGACCCCUUGAAGCCACAUAGUAAGACAAGAGAUGAAUAAUUGGAGGAGAACUUUUGGCCCUCUCUCUACUGUGAAGAUCAGAUGCCUGACUCUAAUUCCUGUGCUUUCUAAAUGGAAAGAACUGUUCAAUUAAAUAACCAACUAUGUAACCACUUUUUGAAAUAAUUCCACCCAAAAAGCAAAGAGUGAACUAAAUUGUACAAAUAUUGAACAUAAAAGUGAUAUGAUCCAGAUGGCUAGUUUCAAGAAAAAUAAUAUUCUCUGCAGAUAUCUUUCUCUCCCUUCCUGUACUCAUCCUAAUGUUAAACUUUGAGAAAUACUCCAAGGAAGAAAUCUUGAAAGAUUGUACAUUCAAAUCAUGCUCAUAUAAUUAAAUAAUAAGGCAUUUUGGGUGAGAGUUAUCUGUGUUGUUGAUAAGAACAUACUUAAAAAUAAGAGAAUUGGCACAAAAAUGUGUUAACUAGGAUAUUAUUACAAAUUGUCCUAAGAUAUUUGAAAGUUAUUAUAUUUAAGUGAAAUAAAUCCCAGUUUCCAGAAACAACAGUACAAUUUAAAUUUAUAUUCUCAGGUUUUAUAUGAAUAUCAAAGUUGGGCAUACAUAACUUUUGAUUUUGGCAACCAAAGAAAAGUAUGUUUUGGCACAUGUUUCCAAAUUAUUGAGUAGAAUACAAUGGACCUAUAUAGGUAUCUCAUAAAAAUUGCCUUCAAUAAAUUUCUUUUCUUUUUUUAAGUCAUUUAGUUUGUAAAUUUUAUGACUUGACAGUUUAGCAAUGUUAUUUAUAAAAGGCUGAUUCCAUUUUCAUGUUGGUUUUACAUUUCAGAUUUUUCAUAUUUAAAUAAUGGAUACAUUAGUUACGAUACUGAGCUGGAGUCUAGCCCAAAUAAACCACAAGGCUCAGACAGAUCUAUCAGUAGUUAGAAAGCUUCUGAAACACUGGCUUUUUAAUGCACAGCAAAUACUAGUGUUGUUUUCAAUAUUCUUUUUUUCUACCAAAAGUUUACAUUGCAAGUGGUACAAAAAUUUUUUUAAAGAUUUAUAAUGAUGGUUAGAAAACUGUUUCUAUGAGAAUCAGAUAUUGUUUCAGCACUGGAUCCCCUCUAUCCCAUCUCUUGCUAGAGUAUAUGGCACAGAGACACAGAUGUAAAAAUAGGUGAUCUCUGUAAACUUGAGCUGCAUUUUCGUAUGUCUACGAUUGUCCUAAAAGCUCCUAUCAGGUUAGUGAUAGCUUCUGAAAGAGUUGGAGAGGCAUGGAAGGAAGCAUACUCCUGAUUUCCCCACUUUUAGCUAAAGAUACAAAGUCAAAGGUGUUUUAACAGGGCUUAGAAUAAUACUAAUUCUUUUACAAUACAAAGAGAAGUACAUUUCUUUGAAAAAAUUAUUUUCCUUUCUUUUUUAGCAGGCAUUACUGACAAAAAAAAAAUAUUUAGGGCCAAUUAGAGUUUAUUUCUGACUUUUAAUUGCCCCUCGGCCUUUUGGGGAAUGUUGAAAAAGCUCUUGAAAAAAAUAUCCUGGUCAAGGUCAAACCCUGGGGGAUUAAAAACAUGAGAUCCCUCCAAACAUAGCACUGAGCAGACAGGUUCCCAUGCCUACUAUUUAUCGGCAUUUUCUAAACAUGCGUUUUGGUGUGCUGGGAGCAGAGGAGUAGGAGACCCACCCAGCCCUGCCACAGAUACCGGGACAUCUUUGACCACAUGCAUCCUCUGCCAUCCACAGUUUAGCUUAGUUGUUCUCAGCUGAACUAACCUCCAAUUUUCAUAUACACUGAUCAUCUUGUCUCUAGCAUUUUCCCUCCAAGGUCCUGCUAACAGGCAAACUGGCCCUUUCCAACAGUUGGUACCUGAGAUUUCUCAAAGCACUCCUGUCAGAGUAAGGAAUGAGAUUGCAGAAGGGGCAGUAAUGUCAAUGCCAAGUUAUUGGAAACUACUUAACCAGCGACUCCAUCAUAUAUUGGAGCCUGUCUAGGAAACUUACCCUUGGAAACAGUGGAAAUACUUUGUUUUAUUUCUAUUUGAUCAACAGAACUUUUGUAGCAUUGACUCUUAGCAACGGAUAACAUCAUAUUAUAAUAGAAAGUUAUUUUUCACUACAACUGCUAUUGUUACAUUUAGAAGAAAAUAUUGUCUUUGCAAUUUCAGUCCAAAACUCUAAGGAGAACAAGGAUUUUAUUGCCAUCGGUACUCCUAUAAGAAAUUUGACAGUCCAGAUCUUAUUUGAGACAGAUAAGGCUAUGAUAAGUGUAUAUAUGAGGCUUAAAAUAUUCUUGAUAUUCUCAGGUUGUUCUCAAAAAUUCUGAAUAGUUUUAGUAUUUUUUUAAAUGAGAACUUUUCUUAUCAAAAAGUAUUGAAAAUUUUUCCAGUAACUGGUUGUUAAAUAAGUCUAGCACCCAAAGAAGCUGUGAGCAGUCGGCUCUAUCAGUGACUCUUCUUCUAUGAGCUCUUUCCAGAUUGGUCUCAAACGUCUGACCUCAGGUGAUCUACCCAUGUUGGCUUUCCAAAGUGCUGGGAUUAUAGGCAUGAGCCACUUCACCCAGACUGGUAGUUCAGACUUUUAAUCCCUAGACACAUUCUUCAGAGACAACUGUAGAAAAGUAAGAAACCAAACCAACAACAACAAAAAACUCUCCUUUCCAGAGAAAAGUCAAAAGGAAAAAAUUUGCCAUCCUUUAAAAUACACUAAAUUUGUUCAUCAUCUUUAAAAUUUGGACUGAAUAUUUAAACUUUAAACACAAAGCAAAGGGAGAUGCUCUUAAAUGUCAAAUCUGAAGCAAAGACUGCAUUUUUACAAAGCUAUCCAAAGAAUGAGACAUGGGAUUCAUCAACACAUCAGUGCCCAACCACCACCUUUUCUGCCUCAUUCACACAGUAUCGACAAGCGAAUAAGCAGCUGGGCAGGGGAAACUGAUAACUGUUAAUGUCAUAAUCACAUCACCACCAGAUUACUAGAUGGGGUCAGGAAGGAGGCAAAGUGGGUGGGACCCAUCCCAGGACUGGGGCCAUAUCACAACCUCACUUCAAACCCUUGUCAAAUACAGUUAAUGAAUUUAGAACAAUACCAGAAGUAUUUUUUUUCACUUGAUGUAAAUAUUACCAACAGUGACUCCUUUAAGCUAUGAACCAGUCUAUUUGUUUGACAAGCCUUUCCAGAUUCAUGCAGUUCUAUCACAUGCUUGUGGCCUGUUUGAGAGUGAACCUAUUAUUUCAAGCUUGUUGUCAUGACCAAUUUUUACAAAACUAAAAGGAGCACAGUGAGGUGGAUUUGAGCUAGUGAUGAGGUCUCUACACUUGCAUUCUUUCCUUCCAAGACAAUAUUCUGAUGCUCCAACUCUAGAAGUCAUGUCAUUAGUAAAAUGAAAAUAAUAAUUGCUUAAUUGUUCUUUAGAAUUAAUUCAUACUUCAGAGCCUGAAGCCUCCACUACUCAACAUCAGAUCCAUGGAUAGUAUUAUUAUACCUUUACCUAAAGACUGGAUUCUUUUGUAAAUAAAAUCAGAAUGGAUCUAAGUCCCUUUAAAGCAACUAAUAAGAUAUUUAAUAACAUUUUAAAACGAUGAAAAAGUAAGGAUGAUUCUGCAAGAGGCUGCUGGGUUACAGAGGAGGGCAGAGCUUUUUUAAAACUCUCUUGAUAUUUUGCUCUUCCUGGUAAGUUUUUAUCUGUCUUGGCUCCCAGUAGAAUAUUCCCCAUACACAUUUUGUGGGAGGAUACUGACAUAGCUCUAUACUCUGCCUUUUAUUUUCUAAUUCUCCUUGGAGGAUUAGAACAACCACUCCAGAGCUUGUAAUCGAGAGGAAAAAAGAAAACUGGCAGAUGCCUCAUUGAUUGAUCCAGAAGUUUUGUACAAAAGCACACACCAUUGUGAUUGUCUCUAUAUUAGCAUUGUAUUCACCAGACAGCUUAAGGUGACUGAAGCAAGAAAAAUAUCAAGUGGACAAUUACCUAAGAAAAAAGAAUAAAAAAGAAAUUAAACCAAAAAAAAAAGGAAAAAAUUGUUCAGUUUACCAAGUGUGUCUUCCAGGAUUAUAAGGUUCACAAACUACAGUCAAGAGAGUGAAACAAUUUUAAAAUCAAAAGUUAGUGCCUUUGAUAUUUCUCCAGACAUAAAAUUUCAUAAACCUCAAGCAUUUAUUUUGUGUGAAGUAUAUUAGGUACCCUAAGAUGGUAUAAAGAAUUCAAAAAAUAGUAAUUUCAGAAAAUUAACACUAGUCUCUGAUUUAGUCAGGAGGAGUCCAAUUAUGGCAUCCUAAUUAAAUUAACCUUCCAUUUUGGUCUACAGACAUUUUAUCAAUUUGAGACUGCUUAAUGGGGCCAUUUUGAUACCUAUCAGGAAACUUUCCUCUAAUAGAUAUAGAAAUAUUAAUUUUCUUAAUUUCACAUUCUGUCUUCCACUAAUGAGAUAAAUGGAUUCAGACCCAACAUACACAUCCAGAGACUACCAUGAGCCAAGACCUGUGUAAGUUUGAUAUAUGGUCUUUUAUUCAAUAUUUCAAUUUGGGAUAAUCUUACUACGAAGAUCAUUUGCCUCACCAUUGCUGAUUUUUUUUUUCAUUGGUGCUGAAUACUAAUUCAUCAAUGGAUUUUCCUGUUCCUCUUUCAGACUUUGAGGCAUGUGGUUCUAUUUCAGUGAGUUACAACUCUAGCUCUCGUCUUUUAACAGCAAACUAGAGAAGAUCUCUCUUCCCAUCUCUAAGUACACAGUGUUCUCUUCAUUUUAACAUCAAAACGUCACCAGAGAGAAGAACCAAAGGCUCUUCUCUUUGGAAAAGGAAUCUUUAUUUGUUUCAGAGAGUGAUGAAUCUUCAGAUCGCUCUGGACUUAAUUUUCCUCAUCAUUAAAUGAAAGGACUUUAGCUUGAUUUUCCGAAACACAUAAAGCUAAGCCCUGUAUGAUCAGUGUUUCCCUGUUAUCAUCCACUUAUGCAUAUGGGUUGAAGGUGCUUUAAGUUGUGAACCAGCUGCUGCCCAUAUUUGAUCACCAAUGCACUUGUCAAGCUCAAGUAACCACAUGAAGCCCAAUAGAAAUAUAAGCAUUUACUUUGAAAUAAUUUGGGGAAAAAGUCUCCCUUCCCUGAGAGGAAUGAGAAGUUUCUCCCCUUUCAAGAAGUGUAUGGUAGAAAAUGUAAUGAGACUGGAAUGGAUUUCAAGUCAGUGCCCUUUUUAAGGCUGAAUCUGCUAUUUUAAAUGGAAACUUUAGGUUCAUAUAAUUCUCAUAGCAAUUCCACUUUUAUUUUUUAUUCGUUUUGCUUCAUCUCUCAGGAAAAAGAAACUAACCAGUCAUUUUUUACUAAAGUAUGUGAAUUACAAACAGAAUGAGCAAUGACCAGGCAGGAAGAUACUUAAAAGUACAAUUAUUCUAAAGGAAGAUGAGAAAGAAAAAAUCAUCUGCUACAGAUUCAACUGUUUUAAAUGCCUCCCUUGUCAUGGAGAAAAUGACUGCUCAAAAGGAUUUCACAAAAGACUCAAAUCUCACCGUUAGCAAUCAACUGGUCAGCCACAGCUCAAAUGCCUCAUUAGCAAAAUGAAAUUGCACACAGACAAAAUAUAGCAAGAGAAUGUAGACAUUUCCAUGGGGGGAAGAAAAGCACCCAUAGUGAACUCUGCCUGUAUAAACAAAGAAUGUUUUAGUGGAAUAAAUGUAAGCUUUCUCUUGAAGGAAUCCCAGUUAGAAUGUCAUUGGAAAUGGCAAAACUAUUUCAGCAUCACAGCGGUAAUAUAUUGCAACGUUAUUACCACUGAGGCACAAAGCUAAAUUUGUCAGGGGAAAAGGUAAACAAAAAUUACUGACAUUGCAACAGAUAAAGUGACCUUGUGAGACUCAUAUCAAGAGAGAAAAUUAAAAUAGCUAAUAUUUCUGUUAUAAUUUCAGUAAUUACUUAGACUUCUGUUAACGAAUAAAAUUCCUUUUCCUUCUCUCAUUAUGAAUUUCUAUGUAGAGCUGCUAUUUUGUUGCAGUCAGCAUUGUAUUUUCAUAUUUUAAUAAAUCCCUCACAUUGAAUUUGCCCCCCAUUUCAGAUUUGAUUAGGAAAUACUAAAUUGAAAAAGUGGGUUUUCCCAUCUUUUAAAAACAAAUAUGCACCAUAAGCAUUUUCUACUGAUGUCUGCCUUAAGCAAUCUUGGUAGAGCUGUCAAUCAGUGGCAGGUGCUUGUUUAAGAAAGAGAAUCUGUGAAUAGAUUUAGACUUUCUUCCUCAUAGGCAGCUGCUCAUUCACACACACCUCUUCUUCCUCAAUUUCUUGCACCAAUCCUGCCUCUUGAAUUGACCCACAUUCACCUAGCAGUCGAACAAACUGCAGAUUCUAAUUACGGGUCCCAAAAGCUUGUUCAACUUAAUGUUUCACCAACUGAAUUUCACAGAUUGCCCCUUGAUGUUGCUUCCUUCUGUUCACUCUUUUAUGUAAGUCCUUGCGUUUGAUAUACUUUAAAAAGAAUUUGGGAAAAAACCAAGUAGCAAACCCUUGUUUACGUUCAGUCAAGAAAUUGUGAACGAAUUUAGCUGUUAUGGUAAUAAUCCUGAGGUCAUAGAAAAAAUAUCACCUAUGUGAAAAGAGAUCAUUUUAACGCUAUUACCAAAAUAGUGUUCUACACAUAGAGGCCAUAGAAUUUUCUACAAAUACACUUGUAGACUCUCAUACUUUGAAUCAUGUUUUACUUACAGGUUUGCUCUAUAUACUGACAAACUUCUGAACCCGAAGAUUCUCUAUAAUUAAACUAGCACAAAUACAGUCUGUCCCUUACCUACAUUAUUAGAAUGUCUAAGGAAAACAAUCUAAUAUUGACCUUCACAUCCCACAUGGAAAAGCUUUGUCCUAAGAGUGCAAAUAGGAUGAUUAAAAAUUAGCAACUUUGGUGAGCCUUAAAGUUUGGUCCCCAAACAAGCAACAUCAACAACUGGAAAUUUGUUAGACACACAAAUUAUCCAGUCCCAACUGAGACCCCAGCCCAGAUCUAUGAAUCAAAAAUUCUGGAAUGACCACAGCAAUAUGGGCUUUAAUAAGUCCUUAGGAUGAUUCUGAUGCAUGCUUGCAUUUGAGAAUCAUUGAUCUAUGACACAGUGUUCUUGGAGGCCAAGAAUAAACAAUGUCACCCAUGUUUAAUUAUACUUUCCUUUACGAAAAGGUUUAAAAGCUUAAAAGGUAGGUUCCUUAUAGAGACAAUUCAUUCAAAUACAUGGGCAGAUAUGUUCACCAUUCAGACUUAAAAUAUAAUUUUAAGAAACAUUAAUCCUUAUGUCUUUUUCUGGCACCACUGAGCUUCAGGCAGACUCUCCAAUCAGAGAGAUUUCUAAUCAGCUUUUCUAGUUCUUUUAAAAACCCACAGCCGACCUACUUCACUUGACUUCCCUGGGGCCUAGAAAAUGACCUUCGACACCUUUCUCUAAUUGAUUAGCUCUGGCUGAUUUGCCUUGAUGCUAAACCAUUGUGUAACAAUACUGAGUUAUACUUCAUGACACAGUCUACGGCUUUUGAAGAGUGCUGUGUGUGAUUGAGCAAAAAGAAUUGCUGGUUAUGAGUGAGUUUUAGUUUUAGAAUUCAUUUCCAAAGACUCACAAGGCUCAAGAAACUUAAAAACCACAGAUAAUGUAGACAGUAGCGUGAGUCCCCUGGAGGCUUCUUUCUCUAGAGUCUCUCAUUUGAAUUGGUGCAGAACUGAAGAAAUAGAGAGUCAGAAAGUGACUUUGCUUAUAAAAAAUGGCUUAGGAAAAGGAACAUAAGAUUGUGGGUUAUAUGUGUGUAUGUGUGCGCACACAUGUGUGUUUCCUUUAUUCUAACCUGAAAAUAUCACAUUGGUGGAUACUUAAAAUGCUCAUGCAUUUUAAUACAGAAAAGCAAUUCAAAGUAUGUCAAAAGGGGCUAGAAAUGUCAGCUUAACAAUGAUAUUCUGGAGAAAAAUGUUGUAACUGUCACUCCAGUCCUCCCUUAGGAGAAACCAAACUUGUCAGAUAUUUUGGAAUGGCUGGUCUUUUUCAGGAAUUAGAAUAACUUAAGUAUGAUACUGUGUUCUACGUUCUUAAAAAUCUGUGACCCUCUCCUGUUACUGGUCACAGCUUCAUCAUUUGAGUGUUCAUUGUCUGUCGCUGAUGGCAUUUUUCUCAUUGGCUCUUUUCCCCAUUAUCCCAUUCCUUUCUCCCACACCUGAUUACCAAAUAGCUCCAACAAAAUCACAGUCACUCCUUCCUGUGUUGCCACCAUUGUGUACAUCUUCAUUUGCACACCUAUUUUUUAAUCAGAGUUAAAGCUUCACUAAAAAGGUACUUCUUAGAACAAUCACCCACUUCUGGCCACUUUGGUGAUGGGAAAUACAUCUUUGCAGGGGAAGGCGCUGGAUCAGACUGAGAGUGUUUCACUCAGACCAUUUCAAACAAUGCGGAGCCUUGACCUCAUUCCCGACUUUUGCCAUCCAUAGUGACUGGUUUCUUGUUUUCUCUUUUUCUCUCCUUUUUUUUAAAAUAGAAACUCUUAAGCCCAAGGCCAAAUUACAGUGGGGGCUUGCCUUUGUCUAUGGUCCAUGGUUUGUGUAUUGGCUCAAGUCUUGAAAUCUUGAAACAAACCUAAAUUAAAAUUUUCUCUCCGCUUAAGAAAAAAAGUUACAUAUUGUCAAGAACCUUAUAUGUGUGGUACAUUAAAAAGGUCUUGAUAUCAGAAGGUAAGAAGAAGCUUUGCCUUUCAGUGUCAUUUGUGGUGAUUUUCGUAGGCCAGUGGUGCAAUCCAACACUCUUCCAAUAAGCCAUAAUACUAAUUGUUGGCACAACUGUUAUUACAACAGUACUUUCCUGGGUUCCAUCUAUUAAUUUUUAUAGAUGGUAGGAAGCUCACACUGAGUAGACAUUGGUAGCUUCCUGGACCAAAGCAAAGGAAGGAACUAGCAUACUGUACUUACUACAUAUAUGCACAGAACACUGGUCUGUGCCUCUGGGGUGUUCUCAGAGGGGCAGGUCAGAAGGGAGGAUUCAGGUAGGAAACAAAUGUAGGACUUCUCUUGCCUUUGAUGGUUACUGAUGGCAAUUGUGUUUCCCACGUAAUAACUUGGUGGAUAAUUUUGAUAGUAAACUGAACUCAUACCAAGCCGGCACAACAGGCAAUCUAUAUAUAAAGAAAAGGGUGACAUGUCAUAAUGCCAGAAAACUUUCUCGCUAAGAGGUGAUCAUGAAUUUUCUAUACAGGGCAAAAAAAAGAGAAGAACAGCCUAUUCAUAUCCUGUAUUCACAGUUUGAAGGACCCAUCACAAAUGACCUUCAAAGACAGACAGGGGGAGAGUAGAAGGGAGGCUAAAAUGCAGAGAAAAAGAUCUUACCUUGAAAAAUAAAGUAAGAAAUCCUAAUAUUCCCACAGUUGAUUCUGAAGUUUAUUCCCAUGUCUACAGUUAUUUUUAAAUAACUUCAGUACAUUUUGAAAUUCCUUAGUGGUGGCAUAUCAGUAAUACUUAACUGAAUUCUUCUGUUUCUAUUUUUUGCUGCCAAUGAAUGUAACCCCUACAACUUGCCAUUUGAGUGCACACGCACACUCGUACACACAUAUAUAUAAUGGUAUCUGCAUCAUAUACUACUCAUUUUGUGGGAAACACAAUAUAUUAUAAUCAAAAAGAUUCCAGCACAUUCUUUCAGUGUGUUUCAGUGAUAAAAUUUUGUGGGGGAGUAAAGGUACAUAUACCCUCUUUGCUGACCAUAUUGUUGAAAUUAUGAUCUUAAGCAACACUGUUAGAAAUGCUUGCAUAAAGUAUCUUAUCUAGUAUUAAUGAAUCGAUUCACUUUGAAUUUAAAGUUCAAAAAGAAUAUGCACUAAAUAUUUUUAUAUCUGUGGUGUUUUCCUAUUAACUGCUUUUAGUGAAUGUGUGACCAUUUACCUGAUAUCAUUAAAAAGGAAAAUGACCUAAAUGAAAGGUUAAAAGUGGAGGAAGUUAUUUAUAAAGUCUUCUGCCAAAGACCAUUGUUUAAUGAUCUGUAAAAUGUAGAUUAUCUUCUUUUAUUAUGAAUGUGAUUGUAAGAAACACUCACCCCAACAUUCUCUCUUUUGAAAAUGAAUAUUUUGUAUUUCUAAGGACCAAGGAAAAUAUUUUUUAAGCCAAUGUAAUAAACAAAAGCCUUGUAAAUGAGAGGCACAAUGACUUGGGUCAACUGCAUAAUGCUAGAUUAGAAUUCCAACAUUUGAUGAUAAAUUUAUCAAUCUUUCCUAUAAUUCUUGUACUGCACUAAAUUACAUUUUGGGAAUUUCAGCUAAUCCUUUCAAAAAGGCACCAACAUUAAUGACAUAACAGAUCUUGUCUAACAUGAAAAGCAUCAAAACAUUCCCUUUCAAGCACUUUGAGUGGAUGAAAAUUGCCAUCUAAUUUUCCCACCUACCUAACCAUUCCAUGUAAGUUAACUUAGCAGUCUAACAAUGUUGUACAGAAGGUUGACAGACUAUGUGCACCAAGAAUAUUUAAGCUGUGCAGUUAGCAAGAACUAGCCAUUUAAAAAUAUACUCAAAUGUUUUGUAAAUAAAAUUUUUGAUUCCUAUAGUUUUGUUCAAACUGCUGUCUUUUAAAAUAGAUUUUAUUUGAAUUUUAAAAGUAGUCUGUUAUAAAUUAGAUGUUACUUUGUUGACUCUGUGAUUCAAUGUACACUCAGCCAUAUUCCUGUGGGGAAAUAUCAGUCUUACUGACUUUCUUGGCAUGAGCCAGAGAUUCAUAGUUUCCUUUAGGACUAUAAGUAUGAAGACAAAACACACCAAAAUGAAAUGCUAGUGAAGAAAGUAGAAACUUAUUGUAUAAAAUGUAUUUUUAAAAUCUUAAGAUAUAUGUGAUUUACACUGCCUGUUAAUCUAGUCUCUUUGUGAUUAAAAAAAUACAUAAUAUUUGUUAAGACUCUGAAACACCAAAUAUUUGUGAUGUUUGCAUAGCACCAUUGUUAUAUGUGAUUUCAAAGGGUAAGCAUCUCUGUUGUAAUCAUGUGAGCCCACAGAAGAAUAAAUUCCUGCUGUUAUGUACAACCAACUCUCAGAAUUCAAACUUCCUGCAGCUGCUGUAUCACCAAUAAAUGAGAAAUAAUUGUGAAAAACAA